AUGUCGAAGCGCAAUAGUAUAGGUGCAACAAACACAUUAUUUAAUUAUUUCUCUAAAACACCUCCAGCUAAUAAGAAAGUAAAAUCAGAGUUAGAAGUCGACAAAAGUGCGCAUGUUAUUUCACCUGUGCAGAACGGCGAAAAGGAAUCUAAAGCAGAAAAGAAAAAGCGAGAGAGACAAAUUACUCCAUCUCCUGAGGUGAAACACAACAGUGACAGUGAAGAUGAGGCUCCCAUUGUUCCCACACGCAGAAAGAGGAUCAGACUCAACCCAGUGGACUCUGAUGACUCUGAUGUUGAGAAUAAAGCAGACAACAAAAUGGAUACAACAGAGGUUGAAAAGCCAUCAAUGGAGAAGAAACUGCAGGAUAGUUUCAAGUAUGAACCAAACCAAUCUCCCAAGGCUAAGGUAGCGAGUAAACCACCAAACAAACCAACAUCUAGUACCAAAUCUUCAGCAUCACCUCCAAAACCCUCAGAGGAGAAACCAUUAGCUGCAGAUGACGGUAACUGGGUACACUGCAAGUUGGACUGGCUGAAACCUGAAAAGAUCAAGGACGCUCAGAAAAGGAGACCGGAUCAUCCUGACUAUGACCCCUCGACUUUAUAUGUGCCUCCUGAAUUUUAUAAGAGUCAAACCCCAGCUCACCGGCAGUGGUGGGAGAUGAAGUCAUCUCACUUCGACUGUGUCCUGUUCUUCAAAGUGGGCAAGUUUUAUGAGCUGUACCACAUGGAUGCUGCAGUGGGUGUCAAUGAAUUGGGAUUCUCAUAUAUGAAGGGUGAAUUCGCACAUUCAGGCUUCCCCGAGAGUGCAUACGGUAGGAUGGCGGCCACUCUCGUGUCUAAAGGAUACAAAGUGGCGCGAGUAGAACAAACAGAGACACCGGAUAUGAUGCAAGAGAGGUGUAAGAAGACUGGUCAGAACAGUAAAUGGGACAAGGUAGUUCGCCGCGAGAUCUGCCAGGUGAGUAUGAGGGGUGCUCAAGUAUGUGGCCUGCAAGACAACGGACCUGCUGAACCUACUGCCGCUUACAUGAUGGCUAUCGCUGAAGAGGAGAGCAAUGGCAGCAGUACAUAUGGAGUCUGCUUCGUGGACACCUCAAUAGGAUUGAUUCAUGUGGGACAGUUCCAAGAUGACAAGCAUUCUUCUAGACUACUCACCACUUUGGCACAUUAUCCCCCAGCAUUGAUAAUAUACGACCGUAAGACAAGCGGCCGAACGUCCAAACUGCUCAGUACCCACUGCCACAGCGCGCGCAGAGAGCCUCAAACUAUGUGGACUCCUGAGAAAACGUUGAAGACUUUAGCUGAGAAGUAUUACAGAACUAAUGCGGAUGGAGAGUGGCCCGAGGGAAUCAAACCUUUCCUAUAUGACGGAGACGCUCUGGGCCUGACCCCUGCCCCCGACUGCUACCUGGGCAUCAAAGCGCUGGGCGGAGUGGUGGCCUGCCUCACUCACUGCCUGCUAGACAUCCAGGUGCUAGGCAUGAACCAAUUCACCUCCUACGCUCCCCCCGACGUACUAAACAAGACCUUACCGGCUGAAGUCAAGGUCGAGAAUCGCUGGAAGGGUGGCAGUACUAUGGUCCUCGACGCGAUUACUUUGAGAAACUUGAGGAUUGUACAGGAUGAAGGAUGCUUGUAUGAAAGAUUGAAUUUCUGUUCUACACACAUGGGGAAGAGAUUACUGUACCAAUGGGUGUGCGCUCCAAGUUGCAAUAUAUCUGUAAUAAAGGAGAGGCAGGAGGCUGUGAAGGCGUUGUUUGACAACCAAGAACUCUGCCAGGACGCCAAGACUAUCCUCACCACAUUACCUGAUUUAGAGAGGCUUUUGGCCAAAGUACACGCAUUAGGUAAUCUGAAACGUUCGAAGCAACAUCCAGACGCUCGCGCCAUAUUCUAUGAAGAAAAGACAUAUUCAAAACGAAAGGUUCUAGAUUUUAUAUCCAUCCUGAACGGAUUCACAGCAGCUUUGAAACUUGUGGAUUUAUUCUCCGAUAUCGACUCUAAAUUGCUGAAGAAGAUCAUGCAGUUCCAUCCUGAUGGGAAGUACCCUGAUUAUAGAGAGACUUUGAAGUUUUUUAAGGAAGCUUUCAACCAAGCACAAGCUGAAAAAGAAGGUCGUAUUCUCCCGGGCGAAGGCGUCGACCAGGAGUAUGACAAUACGCUGCAACUUAUCAAGGGAAUUGAAGAAGAGCUGAAGGACUACCUCAGUCAACAGGAGAAAUACUUCAAAUGUCGGUUAUCAUACGUGGGCACAGACAAGAAGAGGUAUCAAAUAGAAGUACCACAGAGCGCGGCCGCCAAAGCCAGCGCCGAUUACAAUCUGGAAGGCGCAAGAAAAGGAUACAAGAGAUUCUCUACUUGUGAGACUAAGGACCUCCUGGCCCGUAUGAUGGCAGCAGAAGAACAGAAAUCAAACGUACUGAAAGACUUGAGUCGUAGAAUAUUCGAGAAGUUCUCCUCGCACUACAACCAGUGGGAGACGGCGGUGCAAUGUUUGUCUACACUCGACAUACUGCUGGCGUUCACUGAGUUCGCUAGACAACAGAGCGGGGAUAUAUGUCUGCCUGAAAUUACUUUUGAAGAGGACCAGAAGCCAUAUCUAAACAUCGUGGAAGGCCGCCACCCCUGUAUAUCUAACGUGGUGGACUUCAUCCCCAACGCCACCCAGCUGGGUUCGGCGGGCGCCAGCUUGUUACUGUUGACUGGCCCCAACAUGGGAGGCAAGUCCACGCUCAUGAGGCAGGCCGGCCUCAUCACGGUUCUCGCGCAUUUAGGUAGUUAUGUACCAGCUGAAGAAUGCAAGCUAAGUCUGGUGGACCGUAUCUUUACUCGCCUGGGUGCGUCGGACGACAUCUUCUCUGGCCAGUCCACUUUCUUAGUGGAGAUGAAUGAGACCGCCGCAAUAGUGACGCAUGCCACUCUACACUCACUUGUGUUACUCGACGAGUUAGGGCGCGGCACAUCGACAUACGACGGCACGGCGCUCGCGUCAGCAGUGUGCGCGGAGCUAGCCGAGCGAAGUUGUCGCGUCAUAUUCUCUACGCACUACCAUUCUCUGGUGCACCACUUGUCCUCACAUCCCGGCAUCAUGCUGGGACAUAUGGCCUGCAUGGUAGAAACGGACGAAUCGGCGCCAGACAGCGAAGACCAUAUUCCGGAAGAAACAAUAACAUUCCUAUACAAACUGUCUCCGGGUGCUUGUCCAAAAUCCUACGGUUUCAACGCAGCCCGGCUAGCGGGCAUACCUAAAGAAAUCACUCUCAAAGCACAUCAAAUAUCCAAAAAUCUUGAAAAAGAAGCUACGUGUGUCCGCGCCUUUAGAGAUAUUCUCAAAAUUGAGGACAACCCUAAAGAUGUCAGAGCAAUGUUGGCAGCCCUGAGUAUUUAG